AUGGUUUUUAUUUUUGCUUUGAUAGAAUUUACACAUUGUAAAUUCUAUCAUACGGAUGGAUUGUCCACUAUUAUCGUAUUGAGUAAAACGGUUAGAAAUUUAGAACUCAAUCUGUAUAAAACACACAAUGUUGGCCAGUUGCAACAAUUGAACUGAGUACCCUGAAAAUGAAGAUGAAGAGAAAGGGAAAGGUUCAACCUUUGUUGUCACUGUUGUUAAUGACAGUAUACAAGAAAUGCAAGAAUGGACUGAUGCAGAGACAUGCGUGUUAAAGGCAGCUUUGAGGGCAAAUGAUAACAAUGAGGUUGACUGGGAACAAUUGAACAUUGCAUUGCCAGCAAAAGAUAUUAACCAGAUUAAAGCAUAUGCAUUGAGCUUGCAGCAACAAACAGAUUACCAGACAAAUGGGGAAGUUAGUAGCAAAGCACCUAUUGAGAUUUGGACUGACCUUGCACAAAAGUUGACCAGUGAGAGUGAUAAAGCUGCAUCUGUUUGUUUACCCCAAGAAGAGAUAUAUGCUGUUCAGAAAGAAUUAAGAGAAGUUAUUGUUGAUCAACAGAACAAACUAAGCAAACUUGUUUCUAGUUUGCGAACCAUUAAGAAAAUUGUAAAGAAGACAAAGCGCCAAAAUCGAAGAAAAUUGGCUGAACAAAAUGCAAAAAUUGAUACUUUGAUAUCUUUAUUGGCUUCUAACGCAUUGCCAACUGCUGCAAAUUCAUCGAAUGUGGAUGCAAAAAACAGCGAGAGACAUAACGAUGAAAGUGAAAAUGAAAAUAGUUCGUCUGUCCCUAAGAAUAAUCGUCUUGACGAGCCAUCGUUGGAAAAGCCUCGACUUAAAACGCGUGCAGAGAAGCAGAUCUUACCACUAAUAACAGUUAGUGAACCGUCUGAUAUUGAGCUAUCGCCAUAUAGUUUAGUUCCUAUAGGCCAAAAUUCAAACGUGAUGCUUACUCGACAACAGUACAACGAUGCUUACUUUCGUGGCAAAAACAUUCGACGAUUUGCUGUCCGUCUUGCUGAAAAGAUAUUUGGUUUGGAUGUACUCACUCGAUCCACGGUCUCAGGACAACAAGCAGGACUAGAAAAACUUGAUUCUGAAAAAUUAAGUGCCAUUCGAGGGGAAGUUGUAUCACGUUUUAUGCCUGCUGGGACGCUUGAUGAACGCGAAGCUAAAUGGAAAGAAUGUCUUCUCAGCAUUGGUAAAAGAUGUCAAGUAUUACGUACAGGAAAAACUUUUAAACAAGAUGCUUUGAAUCCCAAUAAUUCCUGCAAUGAGUUAGAAGUUCUGCAAGUAUCUAUGCCUAAUACAAAUGAGCACAAUGCAGCAGCCGAAACAAUUACAGGCCAAAGUGAUGCUGGUUUGACAGAAGUUGAUAAAUCGUUAAAAGUUUCUGAAACACCGCCUCAGGUCAAUUUAGUCCCUCUUGGUGGAUCGCCAAAUGUUCUCAUUCAGAAGGAAGACUUAACCGAAGCUGUUAAACGUGGGAAGAAAGCAACAUUCUUAGCAUUACGAUUGGCAGAGAAAGUGUUUGGAUACGAUGUCUUGUUGGGAUCUACAAUAACUGGUCGAGAAGGAACUGAAAAACUUAAUAACGACAAGUUAAUGGCAAUCAAAGAGGAAAUUGUGAAUCGUUUUGCCCGUGAACAACCAAUUGAACUGCAAGAAGCAAUUUGGAAAAAAUGCUUGUACAGCAUUAGUACUAAAUGUAAGGUACUGCGGGCUCAAAAGCAAACUAUCGAUGGCGUUGUUUAUGAGGAUGAUUUCGGCGAUAUGAAGGUCAGCAGGGAUCUUGAUCUUCUCGCAAACGUUACUUGUCCUGAAACUCAUCCUGUAAUUAUGGAUGAUCAGGUGGAGCAGGCAAGUGGUGGAAUGCCGCCACAGGCUAAUAUGAUCUCACAGUCAGGUGAUAUGAUAGAUCAACAGAGCGAGGUGUUGUCACAUGAGGUUACUAUGGUAACUCAAGAGGCUGUGAGAAAUCCUAUAACAGACGAUGAGGUUGCAAUGGAACAUGAACAAGAGGUUACAGCAACAAUUCAUAUCGAUCAAUCAAAUGGUUUGUGUGAUCAAGAUAUUUCAGGAGAUUUUGUUUGACCAGGAAAACCGUUUUGUGCAUUGACACAAGGGUUACAUAACUGUUUAACUACAUUUAUUGCCAUUUGUAAUAAUGAUUUAUUGCAUUAAAAAGGCAACUGAACUAUCUUUGACUGCUUGUUUUUUGUAAAAAUUAUCGAUGCUAAUAAAUUAUGAUAUUUUGUA